AUGUCCACCCGGCCCAAUGAGCAGCAACCUGGGUUGCAGUCUGCAGCUAUCCAGUCUGCCUACCUCGCAGCAUCUUGCCUGCUACAACCACGACUUUCCGUGCAUGGUCCCCACACUUUACAUCAAUGGUAUUUAAAUCGCAUGAUUCUGCUUCCAGUCCAGCACAGCGAACAACAACCCGGAUUGCAGUUUACAGUUAUCCAGCACCAGAAUCCUCCCACCUCUCUGUUCCUUCUGCUCUGCGAUGACGGGUGGAAGAUCUUACCAACCGGUUCCGUGGCUGACGCAGGUUCACCUUGGUGUCUUCUGUCACAGGAAUCCCAUCUCUCCUCAGUUUCAAUCUGCCUGCCUCACAGCCCCUUGCCUGCUACCACCACGGCUUUCUGUGCAUGGCUGCCCUACUUUACAUCAAAUAGAAACACCUUCACAUCUUUGAACAGCCACAGCAUUCUUGAGAAGCCACCCCGCUCAUGGAUGUGA